CUGAGCAGUGUGGGCGGGGACGAGCGAGUGAAGGUGUGACUCACACAGGUGUGCUUUUAAAAACAGAUGCUGCACCAGAAGGCAUCCAGUCAAUAGCAGCGACAACCAUGGAGGAGAGAAGAGACCUGCCCAAGAGGCCGUGGGACACCUGCCAGGAGGUCCCGAUCAUUGAAGAUGAACAGACGCCGUGGAAAAUGAUCAAACUUCUGAAGUUCAUCACUCUGUGUGUCGUCGCUGGGAUUGUGUUUGGAUUGGCUCUCUGCAGCAAGACUUCUUUCCUCCUCCUCAUCACCUUGUCCAACGAAGGCACACAGACAAUCCCAGACGAGCAGAAGCCGGUUGUUUUGCUGUGUAUAGGCUGCUCUCUCAUCACUUCCAGCGUCCUAAUUUUUCUCAAAAGCACGUGGAAGGCGUGCUACAAAACAUCAAAGCUGCCAAAAAGCACGACAACUGCCCUGGUUCUGUUCUUUGAGUUCUUGGUGUCUCUGGGUGCAGCGAUUCUCACCAUCGUGGCGAUGCCGCACUUAGACAUCGUCACUAACGUGACGAUACUGAACAGCGUAGCCGUCCUCGCCGCGCUCCUACAGGUGGUCACUCAGUGCAUCGCCAAAGAACGGAACCGCUUCCUGCUGCCAUCCAUCACCGCCUUCAUCCUCAUUGUGCUCGGUUACGUCCUGUUCCUCGUUCUUUACAUAAUGAAAGAUCCUUCUGAUACCAAGAUGGCCAUUUGGGUGGGUCUGGCUGUUGGUGGGUCCUUCUUGGUGUCUUUAACUUGGUGGGAGAGCUACUUCAGACUGAUCAGCCAGAACAGCAGCUCCAUCUUCCUCAAGAACCUGUGCAAAGACAUGACAAAGUGCCAGAACAUCCUGCACAUCCUGUCCAGCCUGCUCAGGAUCGCCGUGACCGCCUGUGUCCUCGGAGCCUACGUCCCUCUUGGCCAAAUGGACUGGGACGUAGUGAGGUCAAUCCCAGCACGUGAAACAAGAAUUAUCGGCAUCAUCAUCGGGGUCCAGCUCAUCUCCUCUGCUCUCUGCCACUGGUUUGCAUUGGCGGCCUGUAAGAUGCACGCACUGAGGCGAUGCUUCAUCCUGCCUCUGUACCUCGCCUCUCUGGCCGUCAUGGCUCUGCUCGUCGUCCCCGUUAUCGUUUACUACCAGGACUACAGAACGAGUCUGAACGGCACUCAGAGCAUCAACUUCACAGAAUACUGCAAUGUAGUUGUGGAUGGAAGAGACCUCAGCUUGAACGGCAGCGUGUUCCCACAUCUGGUUCUGGAUGUGACACAAACUCUGUGCUUCCUGGACAUGUCCAAGAUAAUGGACAUCGGCCUUCUGACAGGUUCGUCAGUGUCCUGGUGGCUUGGCCUUGUGUUGGCCACCCUCCACCUGUGGUACCUCAAUUUGUAUCGUAUCCAGAGAACCCAAGACCUGUUCAUCAGGAGGCUGUACGAAGGGGCCUUCAUCGAGCAGUCUCUGCUACUCAACACCCGCUUCGACAUCCAGACCAAACACAAGACGAAGAAGCAACAUGACAAGACGAUGAUGUAUCUGUGCGCAACCAUGUGGCACGAGACCUAUGAUGAGAUGUUGAACAUCAUCAUCUCAAUAUUCAGAUUGGACAAGUACAGACCAAAAGUAGACCCAAACUUCAAUGACAUGACCUUCGAAGCCCACAUCCUCUUCGAUGACGCAUUCCAAGAUGUUAAGGGAAGUCAGGGGCGUCACCUCAACAAAUACGCAGAGAACCUGGUGGAAGUCUUUACAGAAGUUUAUGGCAUCUUCAAAAACAUUGAUGAGAAGUUCUUCAGAAAGCAGCAGCAGAUCCCAGAUCAGACGGUAGUGAGGACACCUUACGGAGGUUGCCUUGUGAUCACCAUGCCUCACGGGAACAAUAUCGUGGUUCACUUCAAGGACAAGGAGCUCAUCCGCCACAAGAAGAGAUGGUCUCAGAUCAUGUACCUUUACUAUCUUCUUGGCUGGAAACUCAUGAACAAAUAUUACCAACGCUGGCAGAACAAUGAAGACGAGCAGCAGCUGAAAGAAGAGCUCCAGAGAGAGAAGCACAACACCUACCUGCUGGCUUUAGACGGAGACACAGACUUCCAGCCGGCUGCUGUGAUGCUGCUCAUCGAUCGUCUGAAAAUGUACCCUCGUGUCGGGGCAGCGUGUGGCAGGAUUCACCCCACAGGAUCAGGUCCUGCAGUGUGGUUCCAGAAGUUUGAGUACGCUGUCAGUCACUGGCUGCAGAAGACAGCGGAGCAUGUGUUCGGCUGCGUGUUGUGCAGCCCGGGCUGCUUCAGUCUGUUCAGAGCAGCGGCGCUGAUGGACGACAACGUUAUGAAGCGAUACGCCACCAAGUCCACGGAGGCAAGCCACUACAUCCAGUACGACCAAGGUGAGGAUCGCUGGCUGUGCACUCUGCUGAUGAAGCAGGGCUGGAGGGUGGAGUACAAUGCAGCAUCUGAUGCUUACACCAACGCACCUGAGGACUUCAAGGAACUCUACAACCAGCGUCGACGAUGGGGACCGUCCACAAUGGCCAAUGUGGUGGAUCUGCUCGGCUCCGCAAACGUAAUUUCUAGGAAGAACCCAUCCCUGUCCAAACCCUUCAUGUUCUACCAGCUGUUUAACAUGACGUCGGCCAUCCUGGCCCCCGCCACCAUCUGCCUUAUGAUUGCAGGUAGUUUUACCUUCAUCUUCAGUAUUGACGGCACCCUUUCACUGGUCCUGGCUGUGAUUCCUCCUGCCAUCUACUUGGGCCUUUCUUUCAAACUCAAAGCAGACACUCAGAUCCACAUUGCAGCUGUCAUGAGUAUCAUAUACGCAUUCCUCAUGUUGGUGGUGACAAUGUCCAUUAUUGGUACGAUGGUGAAGGAAAAAACUAUCCUGACGCCCAGCAGCCUUUUCGUCGUCAUCAUGGCCAUCAUUUACAUCAUAACUGCAUUAUUGCAUCCUCAGGAAAUCCAGCUAGUGUUCCACGGCUUUCUCUACAUCCUCUGCAUCCCCAGCGCCUACCUCCUGCUCACCAUCUACUCCAUGGUGAACAUGAACAACGUGUCCUGGGGCACCCGGGAGACCAAACCUGCCGCCGGAGCCGAGAAGUCUCAAACCACCGCCCCACAAACAACCACCCAGAAAGCUAAAAGCACCUUCCAUCGGCUCUUCUCGUGGCUCAAGUGUUGCAAGAAAUCCAGCCGCGAAUCUGUAGAAAGACAAGUCAUUGUCAGCCAAGAGAACAUGGACUCAGAGUCGGCACAGCCUGAGCUGCUGCCACAAAACACUAUUGUGGAGGACAUACGGAUCCAGGAGGAAGCACAGAGACAAGUGGAGCCUGACUUCAACCAAACUUUCCAAUGUUGGGUUGCACAACUCAAGAAUGUGUCCAGUGAUAUGCAGCUACAGGAAGAGUCACUCGACAAGACGGAGGAGGACUUCUGGAAAGAACUUCAGGAGAAGUACCUGCAGCCUCUGGUCGACGACAAAGAGAAACAAAAGAAGAUGGCCGAUGACCUGCGGGAGCUGAGAAACAAGAUAAACUUCGCUUUCUUCAUCGCUAACGCGCUGUGGCUGGUGGCAACAUUCACCCUCCAGUUCCUCAAUGCCACCGUCUCCAUCGUGAUCCCCAUUUUGGACCUCGAUCUCAUUGACACCGGACGAAAAGUACAGAUCGAUCCCAUCGGCUUCAUGUUCAUUCUGGGGUUUGCUCUGUCGGUGCUGCUUCAGUUCUUCGGCAUGCUGUACCACAGAGUCUUAACUCUCAUACAUUACAUUGCCUUCCUGGACACGGAGCCCAAAGAGCAAAAACCUGAAAGAGAAGAACUAUACAAGGCGGGAAUAAAGGUCGGCUCUGCGUCUCAAGCUGACACCAACUCCACCUACCAGGAAUACUCUGAAGAUGAAGGCAGUGAUCCUGAUGACAUACUGUACAUAAGAGGAUCCGAUGGAGCGACGAGAGUGUGAACACAGACUAUCUGCCCAACAGACACAUUUUAGCACUUAUAAAAUAUCCACUGUAUGUGAGAUUUUUAUCCAAACUGUAUUAUUUAUUUUUAGAUUUUAGGUAAGUUAUUUAUACAUAUAUAUAUAUCUUGCAGUGAAACAGUUGCAAAGUGACGAACUGUGGAUGUAUUGUGAUGAAUUUUGACGGAACAAGCGAGUCAGUGAUGUGUUGUGUGUGCAAAUGAAGGACCAUCAGUAUCAUCAUCAGUAUGAAGGAUCUGCAUGCUGUAAAUAUUUAGUUUUUUAAUUUUUCUUUUUUUAAUGGAAAGAAUGAAGCAUUAGAAAUAAAACAUUUACAAAUCCAGUGCUUACGUAUAAUGUUUUUUUCUAGACUGUGAUAUAAAUGACAAGAAAACACAUGUUGGUAUAUUUGUUUUGCGCUUAUGUUUAUCUGAGGGGUUCUAAAUAAGCUGCUGGGGACAUGAUGUGCAUCAGAGGAGCCACGUCGGUCGCUAAACUGUAACAAGCAUCUGAUUUCUGUUUGUAUUUAUUUGUGAAUGAAGGAAAAUGAAAUGUAACUGAAGUAGAUAUCUGUUUCCUUGCUGUUAUUUUAACUUCUACAUCUGUGUGUUAUAUUGUGCUCUUGUUUCUCAAUAAAACACCUUGUG